AUGAAGUUCUUUUGCGUUCCGUUGUUCGCCUGCAAAGGCCAACUGGUCGAGGCCUUGGAUUAUAGCCAAAAGAAGCUGACCGACGUGCCGAAGGAAGUGAUCAAGGCCAAGAAGACGUUGGAGGAACUGAAUUUAAGUGUGAAUUCGAUUGAAACGCUGCCACCGGUAAGGGAGACGAUAUGUUUUAGAUUUUGGACCAAAUUUCUAUAAAAUGUGUCAACGAUGGCCAUAUUUUUGUACAUAAUAAAUCUAUUUUUUGAAAUAUAUUUAAAAUGUGUUGUAAAAUACGAUGCGUCUACCCGAGUUUGCAAAUUUUUAACUUUUUCUUUAUUUUGGAGCUGUCAACAUGACACAUUUCGUAGAAUUAAUUUCUGUAAAUUAAGUCACCGCUCACGGUUUUCGCGGUAAUUAUUGACCAAGUUUCACGAAGCAUUUUAUUGUUAUACCUAAAAGCAAUUUCAAUUUACAAGUUUUAAAGAUUUCACUACUUUCUUUAAUUUUAGCUUUGUCAAAAUGACGGAUUUUCUAAAAUGUAUUGGUUCUUUCUAUUUUUAAAGAGAAUAACUUUAUAUUUCUUCAGGAACUGUUCAAAUGCAUCAGGUUAAAGAAGCUGGACAUCAGCGAGAACAAAAUAAAGAAUGUCCCGGAUGAAAUAGAUGAACUCACCGACCUUAUGGUCCUGAAUUUGAGCAAAAAUGGUAAGGUUUUUGAGUGUUUUUCUUGAAUUUUAGGUGUUUGAUGGAUAAAACUUGGUUUGAAUGGGUAUAACUUGAGUUUUUAGUGCUUUUGAUAAUUUAUUAAUUGUGUUUUACAUAAUGGUUUAAUAAAAAAGUUGGUUUUCUUAAUUUUUUCGCGAGGAUAUAACUGAUAUUGUUGUAGAUCCAAGCAAUUUUUCUAUAGCUUUUUGUUUUCUUCUUAUUUUUGCUUGAUUUUUGAUUCGAAACAACGUCUGUAAUGUCUUUAAUGGUUUAAAUUAGCUUUUAAGUCAAUUUUGAGAACAAAACUUAAAAAUAAAACCAAUAUUAUCUUACCCUACCUCAAUCAAACUUCAGAUUUGAUGAACCUUCCGGAGACGAUAGGAAAAUGUGUGAAUAUGGUUUCACUGAAUCUCAGCAACAACAUGUUGUCACUGUCAAAGUGUGUAAUGAAUUUGACACAACUCACAUCACUUAACAUAUCAGAAACUGCUACCGCAGCUUUGCCGGCUGAAAUUGAUCAACUGGUGAACCUUCAACAUCUCGAUGCUUCACAAUGUGACAUGUCUUGCUUGCCUAACUCUAUUGUCAGGUUGAGCAAGUUGAAGGUUUUGGAUUUGUGCGAGAAUCACAUUACUGAGUUGGUAUGUUUUGUUUUUUUUUGUUGUUCGUGUUUAGGUGAUAGAGAUAGUCAUGGAUAAUAUAACGUUUUGAUGUCUGAAAGUUAGGGAACGGGUUUAAGUGGUAUAUAUGUAUUGUAACAGAGUUUGUAGAAGGUUUUGCGAUUUAUUUCCGUCGGUUUUUUUAAUAGUAGCAGCUCAGGAAUAGAACUUGGUGUUAUACAUGGUUGUCAUUAGAUGGUUAUGUAUAAUAUCAAUUUUUGAUGGUUUCUGAUUGAGGUAUCAUUCUGAUUAAUUUAUAUAAGUUGUAGGAUUAUCUUACGAAGAUUUUAGAAUUAGUUUUGAUCAGUUUUAAUCAAUGAUUUUGUUUUAGCCAGAACGAAUGGACAACCUAGUUUCAUUGGAAAGUCUGGAUCUUCGUACCAACUUUCUGACUCGAAUCCCAGAAUCUUUGCUACAAUGUAAAGAACUUCAAACAUUGGAUUUGUCACAGAACAGUCUUACCUCAUUACCAGAGGAUUUGGGUGAUUUGGACAAAAUGGUCGAGUUGGUGCUAUGCGAAAACUCGUUACCUGAGUUGCCAACUUCAAUUGGAAACAUGAGGCGGUUGGAAGUGUUGAAGGUGACGAAGAAUAGUUUGACCAAAUUGACACCGUCAAUUUGUCGUUGUGUCAAUCUGACUGAUUUGUAUUUGGGACAUAACUUGUUGCAGGUAGGGUUUUGUUUGGAUUUUUCUUGUUUUAACGCUGUUCAUAUGGUUCUAAAGUCGUUUUUUACAGGUUGUAAGCUAUUUUAUUAGGUCUAUGUGCGAUUUUUAAAUGAACACUGUUUUAGGAAUUGCCCAGCAGUCUUGGAAACUUGAAUAAAUUGAGGUUCUUGGACGUGAGUGGCAAUCGUCUUGAAGCUGUGCCUUCAACGGUAAGAUUUUUUUGGUUUUUAUGAUUCAGCUCUAUUUUAUAUUGUUUUUUAAAUUUUUUUGAUCAGGUAGGCUUAUUAAUUUGCAUGAAAUUUUAUUUUGUGGGUCUGAAGUGUCAAUUUUGAUCAGAAACAUGGUUUCUUAGGCCAACUAUGGGUCUAUUAGGUUGUAUAAUAAGUAAUGAGUUACUGAGCUUUAUAUAAAUUAUGAGAAAUAGCUUUUUAUUUUUAAUAAAUCCUAAUAAACUGAGGUUUGUAGUCAUUUUCAGCUUAAAUUUUGGUCAAAAUAAUGUUUUUAUCACCUUUUGUGUAAAUAUUCAGAUGAUUUUACCUAAUACUCAAACUUUCAGAUAGGAAACUGUUGCUCAUUAGGCGUUCUAGCACUUCGCGAGAACCAAAUAACCGAAUUGCCGAUGGAAAUAGGCAAGCUGGCUCGCUUAAGAGUACUAGAUGUAGCCUUCAACAGACUAAAUCAUCUGCCAUAUACGGUUAAAGUGUUGGAGGAUCUACAAGCUCUAUGGUUGUCAGUAAAACAACCCCCACUACCGCAUUUGCAUACCAUUGAUCUGCCGAACAAAAUCAAAGCCCUCACUUGCUGUUACCUACCUCAACUUCCAGACAAAGGCAUACCUAUUGUUGGGGAUCAGACUUUGGAGAAUGAACUUAGUCGUAGGUUGAUUUGUGGUUGUAAUGAGACUGAAUCUUGAUUUUGAAUAAGAUUGAAAAUUCAAAAAUAUUUUAAAAAUAUUUUUAAAAAUUGAAAUUUUUUUAAAUUUAUGUUUUUUAAGCUUUACCCUUUUCAGAAUACGGCAAAGAAGCCAAAUCUAUGGCCAGAGGCCCACGAGUCGUCUUCUCCAGCUCUGGAGCCGAUGCCACAUACGAUGAUGAGGAUGAAAGUCAAUACAAGCUUGGUCUUCAACGAUACGACACUCCUCACCCCAAGCCAUUUGCCCCCAAGAACAGAAUGAACAAGAGUUUAAGUAACUCAGCGAAGGAUCCGGAUACUUCAGCUGAAAGUCAGGUAGGGUAAUAUUUGUUAGAUAUAGGAAAGAAGAGGUAUAUAAGGUGGUAUUAUAAUAGUUAUCAGGUAUAAAGGUGUAUAUAAGGUGAGUACUCUAAGGUUAAAAAUAAAUUUUGUCUUUCGUUUCAGUCCGAAACCCGUCCACUUCGCUCGGUUCUCAAGAAACGACCAGUCUCCCAGCACGCCGAAUGUCAGUUGACUGAGGAACGUGGAGACCCAAUCACGAUCCAUCGUGACCACAACGGCCUGAUCGGAUGGACAAUCAUGGGCGGAUUGAAAGGAGAAUUCUACAAAAAUGUCGAAGGCAUCUUCGUAUCCUACGUCGUACCGGAAGGUCCGGCUUCAAAAGCCGGAAUCCAAGCCGACGAUAAGAUUCUGUCCGUGAACGGCAUCACAAUGAGGGAUCUGAGUCACGGUGACGCGAUCAAAAUCCUGGAAGAUGCCGGCGAGCAGUUGGAACUACGAAUCGAACGAAUUCCCUUCGAGACCGAUGAGCCAACAACCAUGGCUCCAAUGAUACCUGAACUGGAGGCUGCACCUCGACCUCCCUCACGAUCCGGCUCGGUUAUUGAGUUCGAAAUGGUUCAAAGUGGAAACGACGCGGCUGUUUCACAAGGAGGUCAAAUUUUAGAUAUCAAUAAGGGACAGAAUGCUGGAGCUCAAGCUGGUAUUAACGGUCAAGUAAGACUCAAUGGAGUGCAACAUGGUAUUAGUGGUGGAACCAGUUUAUCUUCAUACCAAGGUCUUCAAACCGAAUUUUCAUCAACCAAUGGUAUCCAAAAUGGUUUACCAUACAACAUUGGUCAAUAUAACCAAAAUAACUCUACGAUAAAUCACGGAAAGGAAACAACCUUCAAAGGUACUAACAAUACAGUACCACCACCUCUAAACUUGUCUCAAGACGACCCAUUACCUGCACCACCAACUGCGAGAUUUGUGGGUAUUGACAACCGAAAUGGCACUCACUUUGGAGCACAUGUCAAUAAUGUAGCGUCAUAUGGAACUGGCUUACCAUCAGCUAGAAGUAUGCCAAGUUUGGUAGAGAUUAACCUAUUCGAGAAUACUGCACCACCAGUACCACCAAGACGGUCGGGGUCGAGAAGCAAUUUGAAUGCGGAUUUCGAUGUCAAAGGGUUCUUGAAUUCAUUGGUGAGUUUUGGAAAGGGAGGUUGGGUAGAAAAUGGCAUUUUUUGAUUUUUUAAGUUUUUUGAAUUUUAAAAAUUUUGUAAUUUCGAAAUUUGAGGAAAAGAAAUUGUAACCUCCGUAAUUUUAAUAAUUUUAGAAAAAGACUCCCGCUCCAGCUAGACCCUCAUCCAGCCUAACAAACAAGAGCUUCGAAGAUGUCGCGGCCGACAUUCAAGCCGCCAAUCCAGCCAUCUCAAACGUUGAAUUCGUGGACCGAAUGGAGCCAUUGGCCGCUUCCUCGCCCGUUCCUCCAAAAUCGAAAAUUCCAAAAAGCCAAAACUUUGGAUGGACAAACCAAACACAUGUCACUAGACCUGGAUCAGUGACUAGUGCUUCGACUAACUACUCAUACAAUAACAAAGGUGAUAGCAAUGUUUAUGGACAGUCAAGAAUCCCUGGCUUUAAACAGCCGAUUGGUAGUUUGGGUUCGAAUUUGAAUGGUCAGAACGGUCAGAAAUUGAAUGAGACUGGUCAGCUUAACCAGAACAGUCAGGGUAUCAAUCCGAACGGGCAGAAUAUCAACCAGAACUCUCAGAACAUCAACCAGAACGCUACUACCCACAGCCACUCAAAACUCCCAAGCCCAACCGAGCUGUCACGCCAAGCCAACGGCCGCCACCGCCAAAUCAACCCACCCCCAGUAGCUCCAAAACCAUCCCUCGAGAAGCCAGAAAGACUCGAUUUCAACAAUAAAAUACGCCAUUUUUGA